UCUAGUAGAGCUAAGUAUAGAUAUCUCAGAAUCACUGCAAUCUGGAUUAUGCCAAAUUUCAAAAUUAAAGAUGUCAUAUUAGAAAAUAAAUACGUUCCUUCUUCAAACACUAUUAUAGCUUUCUCCUUAUUGAAUCAAAAAGAUAGAUGUGAUAAGAUUAAACGUCUUUCUUGUAUAGCCUAUACUCUUCAAUUAGCAAUCAGAAAGGGACUUGUACUAGCUAAAAUCUUAGUAGUAUAUACAAGAAAAUUAAUUCAAUUUUUUCAAUCUCCAAAACAAAUAGAAAGGUUAGAGUAG